ACGCCGAGUCUAACAGGCCACUGUCUUAUUGAAAAGGUAUUUAGAUACCUGCACCAGCAGGCCCUCAGCGUCACUGGAGUUGCACCUUUCCUGGCAAGUUUAAAAUCAGCUCAGUGGGAACUAAAAAGCAUUCACCCACAUUCCGUCUGACUGCUUCACAUCCACAAAGGACAACAACGGGGAUGUUAACAUGCCCAAGCUUUUGUUUUCAAAGAUUCACUUUUAUGAUCUUAAGGAUUUAUUGAUGAAUGUGCAGAAGCCGAGAAGGAUUGAUAUUGUUCUGAGUGGAAGGAGGCACAAAAACUACACCUGGAACAUCUCUGGACAAAAAGUAACAAAUGAGACUUCAGACCUCAGUUGGCCGGAUGACCGUAAACAUCAGUUAUCUCUGGAAAAAAUACUGGCAAACAAAAAAUACUUAGCAGCCUUCCGCUCUUACCUGCAGUCUGAAUUCAGCGAGGAAAACAUCGAGUUCUGGCUCGCAUGUGAAGACUUCAAAACAACCGCCUUGCCAGAAGACCUGCACUGGAAAGCAGAGAAGAUCUACGAGGAGUUCAUCAAACCCACAGCCAACAGAGAGAUCAAUGUGGACCACCAUGUUAGAGAGAAGAUCCAGAGGUCCCUGGAGAAACCCAGUUGUUCCUGCUUCGAUGAGGCCCAGAAACACGUUUAUCUGCUGAUGCUAAGAGACACUUGUCCCAGGUUCCUGCACUCAGAUGCCUACCUGAGUCUUAAACGCAAAUCCAGAACUAUGUGGUAUAUUUAGGUCCAUGACACUGAACCUGUUGCUGUAAGAAAAAAAUAAUAGUUUGCAGACAUGUGAAGCAUUAAAUGUCAUUUUUUAAAUGAAAAUAAAAGGAUGUAUUGAUGGAAAAAGCUGCAAAGAAGGGAAAAGAAAAAGAAAAAUGGGAUUUAUGUGACUGAAGAUAAUUUUUGCACAGGAGAAAGAAUGCUGUAUGUGUUUUUCAAAGACUGGUUCGGGAUGGUUUGAGUUGCUGCUUGUGCUCACUGCAAGUGUAUGAAAGCUGAAGUUUAAUUUGCAAACAAUAAAUCAUAAUACGAUGGAAAA